AUAUGUUUUCAUUCAUUACCUCAAAGGCAAGAUAACCCAAACAUAUAUACAGUUAACUAUCUCGGGCUAGCUAGCUGAUCAAAUGGGUCGUCUUGACGCCAAUAAUCCAGCUCAUCCCCAAUCCUCUGAUCAGACCCCGUUCCAACCGCCACCACAAGGCUACCCAAACCAUCAUGACAACCCUCUCUCACCACAACCAGAACUACAGUCAGAAGAUUUAUAUACGGCCGAAAAUGAUCAAAACAUGAACGCAAUGCCACAAACCGCCACACGUUCAUUUAUACCUCAAUCGUCACCAGAAAGCAUGCCACCCCCUGAAGCAUACCCACCACAAAAACCAGCGAUGUAUCCACCUCAACAAACACCAACAACGUAUCCGCCUCAACAAGAGCCAGUGCAGUUUCCACCUCAACCGCAGCCUGUACAAUUUCCGCCUCAACAAACAAAUUAUACUCCUCAAAAUUACAACUAUGCUUCUCCCCAGCCUCAAGGGGUGAACUAUGUGAAUUCGGGUGGUGCAGGGUAUCAGCCAUCACCCAUGAAAAUGGGCCCUCCAGAAGGGAUUGCUAUUGGAAGUCAAUACCUUGCUCCAACUCAAGGUUGGACUAAUAAUAAUGGACUCUUUGACUGUGCUGAAGAUCCUGAAAACGCGAUCAUAACAGCAUGUUUUCCAUGCAUCACUUUCGGACAGAUUGCAGAGAUUGUAGACAAUGGUCAAACCUCUUGUGCGACUAGUGGACUCAUAUACGGUGUAAUUGCUGCAUUGAUCGGUAUUCCGUGCAUAAUGUCGUGCUCGUAUCGAACCAAGAUCAGGAGUCGAUAUGGGUUGAUGGAGACGCCGGCACCAGACUGGGUCACACACUGCUUUUGCGAGUGGUGCGCACUUUGCCAAGAAUACCGAGAGCUUAAAGCCCGAGGCUUGGACCCUGCUAUCGGAUGGCAAGGAAAUAUGGCGCGAAACCAACAAAUGCAGCAGUAUCCGACUAUGACUCCCCCGAUGAACCAAACCAUGAUGUGAUCAUACGUAGUUCAAUGUUAUUAUUGAUUUGUAAUUUUUGGUGUUAUUGAGUAUUAUUAUUAUUAUUAUGUUACAAAAUAUAUCGUUUCUUUUGAAUA